AUGUCCUCGACGACUUCCUUGGACCGGAUACCAAGACCGCCUAAUGAUACCGAUGACUUGGAGAGUGCGGACGUUACUACGACGUUGUUGCCCACGCCCGUGUCGGCGGAUGCUCAAUCCAUCAAGUCCGACAAGGCGGCGGCGAAGAAACGUGUAUCCCUAAUUGCAUGCAUCACAUUGAUGCUCGUCGCAUUAUUUACAGCUUUACUUUUCGCUUGGAGACAUAGCAGAUCGCACGACGAACCCACCCGACACAAAGUCCUCGUUCAAGCUGCUCAUGGCGCCGUCGCUACCGAGGUAGAUACAUGCUCCGACAUCGGCGUUCAAAUCCUCAAGGAUGGAGGCAACGCCGUGGACGCCGCCAUCGCCGCCGGUAUCUGCGUCGGGUCCAUCAACAUGUUCUCCUCGGGUAUCGGAGGAGGCGGGUUCAUGAUGAUCAGACAUCAGAAUGGAAGCGCACAUAACAUUAACUUUAGGGAGGCUGCGCCAGCGCUGGCGCACAAAUGGAUGUACGAGGGCAACCCGAAGGCGAGUCAGAUUGGUGCGUUAGCUGUUGGAGUGCCAGGAGAGGUUGCUGGGUAUGGAGCAGCACAUGCGUUGUAUGGCAAACUUCCGUGGAACAAGUUGGUUGAGCCUUCGAUCAAGCUUGCGCGGGAGGGUAUCUUGAUUGAGAGAGAUUUGGCAUCGCGACUUAAGCUCCUCGAAGAUGACUUCCUGGCGGACCCCGCAUGGAGGACAGUCGUCGCGCCAAACGGCACGCUGCUCGCUGAGGGCGACAUGAUGUACCGCCUCAACUACUCCAACACCCUCGAGCGCAUCGCUUCUCGCGGCCCUUCAGCAUUCUACGAAAACCCCAUCGCCUCUCACAUCGUCGACUUCCUCGCUGCACGCGGAGGUAUCCUUACCUUGGACGACAUGGCAUCCUAUGAAGCAAAGGUCGAAGAGCCCAUCAAGGGCUGGUAUCACGGUCGCGAAGUCCUCACCUGCCGUGCGCCUUGCUCUGGUCCCGUUCUCCUCGAAGCCUUGAAUAUUGUUGAAGGUUUGGAUUUGAAGAACGUAGGAUACACCCCGCUUGGCGCGCAUUACCUCGUUGAAGCAAUGAAGUGGGCUUCGGCGGGCCGUACAGAACUCGGUGACUACGUUGAAGGCGACCCGGACAACUCUCCUCGUAUCGCAGAGUUAUUGACAAAGGAAUGGGCCGCGAAGGCUCGAGCGAAUAUCUCUUCGGAUGAGACGUAUGGAUGGGAACACUAUGGCCCGAAGUACGAUUUCAUCGAAAAUCACGGUACUACGCACCUCAGUGUCGUCGACGAGGACGGCAUGGCUGCCAGUAUCACCUCGACCGUCAACCUGUAUUUUGGCAGCAGAUUGAUGGAACCCACUACUGGAAUCAUCCUGAACGACCAGAUGGAUGAUUUUUCGCAGCCGGGAGUCAGUAACGCAUUUAACCUCACGCCGAGUAUCUACAACUUCAUUCGUCCGUUCAAGAGGCCGUUGAGUUCGAGUGCGCCGGCUAUCAUCGUGCAUGACGGUGACUUUGAGCUCGCGUUGGGAUCAUCCGGUGGGUCGCGAAUCGUCACAGCGGUUUUCGAGGCUAUCGUCCGUACUUAUGACUGGGGCUUUAACCUCCUUGAUGUUGUCGAGGCGCCUCGCUUGCAUCACCAGCUUCUUCCAGCUUCGGUGUCUGUCGAGUCGGGCGUCAGUGAGGACAUCGUGAAUGGAUUAAAGGAAAGGGGUCACGAAGUCGACAUCUUCCCAGCGAGCAGACCACGGGCUGAGGUACAGGUCGUGAGGAGAUAUAAAGGACGCCAGAAGGGCAAGACAACUGGUUGGGUUGAGGGUGUCUCUGACUCUAGGAAGGGUGGGGUCGCGGCAGGAUAUUAG